AUGGAACACAACCGAAACGAGUUCGUCCAGAACGCAGGAAAACACAACACAGAAUCGGGUCUGGCGCCUCUAGGUACCCCCUACGACACAUACUACAACGCAAACACAAAUGGAAACACAAAUGGGAAUGCGCGCGGGAACCAGUACGAUGGCGCGCACGGCUAUUACCGGCGCACGGACCAGAACUACACGUUCCAGCCCAAUCAGAGCCAGAACGAGCUUCUACGGCCAAACAGAGAGCAGUCCAGGACGGGUCUGGAGCUGCACGAGCUAGCCAAUUUCUCUGCGUAUCCGUCGAACCCCUUUAGUGGUUCUGAGGAGGCCCAGAACCCAUUUGAUCCCGAGCGGCAGCCUCGGUUCCACGAGCUGAAUGCUCGCCAAACACACGAGGGGGACAGCUCGCCGUUUUCGGAUGAAAGCUCAGAUAAAGAGGAUGUGCAGCGGCGCAUGCGUGAGAACGAACGUAACAGAAGGAAACUCGCGACGCGCCUUCCGCACUACCACGUCACAAAGCUCCCGUACUUCUCCAUCCUCGUGACCAUUGCCCAGGUGGCUGUGUUCAUUGUGGAGUUGGUGAGAAUGGCCAACUUGACGGGCUCGCCGUUCCAGUCGCAGCCGUACUUCAAUCCCAUGCUCGGGCCUUCCACGUAUCUAUUGGUUAACAUGGGCGCCAGGUAUGUUCCGUGCAUGCAUCCGAUCGCAAACAUCACGCUGGACAUGUCAAUCCAGUUUCCGUGUCCCAACUCGACUACUGUAGAUUCGAAUGUGUGUAAUUUGAGCCAGCUUUGUGGAAUGGGCGGGCUUCCGGUUGUGAACAACACGUUCGUACCUGACCAGCGGAUCCGCAUAUUCACGCCCAUCUUCCUCCAUGCGGGCUUCCUCCACAUCAUUUUCAACAUGAUGCUUCAGCUUGCCAUGGGUAUGGCUGUGGAAAGACACGUUGGUUUUAUUAAGUAUGGACUCAUCUACAUGUGCAGCGGUGUCGCUGGGUUUCUUUUGGGCGCAAACUUUGCACCCAACGGUAUCGCGUCUACUGGCGCGUCAGGAUCGUUGUUCGGCAUCAUUGCAGCGAAUUUGAUACUAUUCAUCUACUGUGGACGCAAAAAUACCAACAUCUACUUCACGAAAAAGUAUACCCUAUUUAUUCUCCUCAUGGUGGGAGAGAUCAUCGUUUCCUUUGUCUUGGGUCUUCUACCCGGACUCGACAAUUUCUCUCAUAUCGGCGGCUUCUGCAUGGGUCUAUUAAUGUCGAUAGCUUUGCUCCAAGACCCUUCCUUUGUCUACAUUGACGGAAUCUAUACGUAUGACGCAACGACAACCACGAUGAAAACCUUCAUCAGCAAUUGGAACCCGUUGAACAAGAUCCAAGAUAAGGUUCGGUGGAAGUUUCUUGUGUGGAGUGUCGUGCGGCUCAUCUGCACAGUCUUAGUUGUGCUCUAUUUUGUUUUGCUUGUCCAGAACUUGUACUCUCCAGCCAUGGAGAGUGACCAGCCCAAGUGCACCUGGUGCAAAUACAUCAACUGCAUUCCUGUUCAUAAUUGGUGUGAGACUGGCCAAGUCACUGUCACAUCUUCGUCAACUCCAAGUACACCGACUACUAAUGCAUUCAAUUCGGCCAGCAGUAUUACGCCGUUACCUUUACCUACGCAAGGAAUUACCAGACGUGAUCUUGCAGACUACUUAACGACUCCUAGGACAAUCGGAGAUGUCAACCCCUACAUUCACUCCAGUCAAACGCAUCAAGGAACAUUUGUACUCUGUGGAAUGCUAGCGUUCCUCAGCUUCACUACUUUUAGGCGAUUGAGACUCCAUCAGAGAGAGAAACCGGAGUUUUAG